ACGACACCCGUCGCAGAACCAUGCAGCCGCUUGGAUGAGCUGUCGGACUCGCUUCGCAUGUAAACUGUACUACAAUCUAAGACCACCAUUAUAACCUCCGUCGUCCUCUCGCGAUGCGCACCUUCCCCACUCUCACGGCGACCAAGCUGCAAGCUGCGGCCUACUUGCUCGGUGUAGCACUCUUCUCGAUAUCUUUCCUGGUCUUCCUCAAUGCAUCAAUCUCGUUUGUCGUCACGGACGUCGUCGGGCGCAAGCAUGGUGUUGGAGAUGUAGUCGGUACACUGGGCUUUGCCGAUGAGCUUGUCGCUUUGGUCGCGUGUCCCCUCUGGGGACUGCUGAGUGAUAAGAUAGGAGUCAGGAAUGUGGCUGUUACUGGAUACCUCAUCAUUGGCGUCAGUCUUAUGCUGCUGGUGCAGAGUCACAACGUAUACCCGCAAUUGCUGCUUGGGAGAAUGGGCUUCAGUAUCGGAGGUGCUGCUUGCUCGACCAUGGUUACUGCUAUCCUACCUACCAUGACUGCUGAGAGGAAGCAGACAACUACUGCGGAAGGUACUCAGACCUAUGGAGAAGGCAUCGCGACACCUACCAAUCCUAGUGCCCGCCACUCGGGUGCUUUCAGCAUCAGCAGUGAGGUUACAAUCACUCCGGCACGAUAUGUCCAGAGGCCCCCUAACCUCAGACGCCGUUCGACGAAGCGUCGAUUUGCGACAGACCCUGCCAUGCCAAAGAAAUCAGAUCUCAGUCAGCUUGCUGGCUAUGUAGGCAUGUUUACUGGAAUUGGUGCCUUGGUCGCGGUAGGCAUAUUUCUACCCCUGCCUGUCAAGUUCUCAGGAAAGGGCGUCGCUCAAGCGGACGCCGUCAAAGAUAGCUUCUACACCGUUGGAACCGUCUCCAUCGUGGUUGCCAUACUAGUGGCACUGACCCUGCGCGGACUGCCUGGCGAAGAAGACAAGGGCUUCCAUAAACUCUUCUACACUGGAAGAAGUACCGACGAUGAGACUCACGACUCCACGAACUCUUACCCUACUCCCUCGUAUUACCAACUCGUCCGAUCAGCCAUUCUUCUCGGCUUCACCGACUCCCGAAUUGCUCUGGGCUAUCUCGGUGGCUUCGUCGCCAGAGCAUCCUCGGUCGGCAUAUCCCUCUUCAUCCCCCUCUUUGUCAACGCCUACUUUAUCCGCGAAGGCCUUUGUACAGACGACCCUUCUGAGGACGUCAAGUCGAGUUGCAAGCGCGCCUAUACUCUCGCCUCCAUGCUAACAGGUUUUUCUCAACUUACCGCCCUUCUCGCUGCCCCUCUAUUCGGCUACUUCAACGGUUACAUGGCCGAAAAGGGUCAACUCUCCUACUUACCUCUCGCUUUCGGCGCCAUCACUGGUAUAAUCGGCUGUAUUUCUUUCGGCAUGCUAGAUAACCCCGACCCCUUCCACGGAAGCGCAGAUGGCAAAGGUGCAAUUCUAGCAGUCAUCCUUCUCGGCUUCAGUCAGAUCUCCGCCAUCGUGUGUUCGUUGGGAAUUCUGGCCAAAGGCAUCCAAGCCUCUACCCCUUCACCACCAACCACACCUCCCAAUGAACCUCACACCGUGCCCGAAACCCACGAACCUGGCCCCGAGGAAGCAGAAGCACAAACUGCCACGGAAACCGCACCACUCCUCUCCCCCGUCCCUGAAACCUCUCCUCCUUCUCCUCAACAGAUCGACAGAGCGCAACUUAAAGGAACCAUUGCAGGUGUAUAUUCACUAGCCGGCGGCAUAGGUAUCCUCCUCCUCACCAAGCUGGGUGGAAUCCUCUUCGACAAACGCAGCACGGGAGCGCCGUUUUAUAUGCUCGCUGGGUUUAACGCGAUAUUGUUGUUUGCAGUCAUGAUCGUUUUUAUCGGGCAGAGGGUCAGAAAAGUCACGGUUUCUGAUGUUUGAUGCUGAAACAAUUUGUGUUUGGGUGAUGUUUGUAAUAUAUACUGUCUUAUGAGAACCUUUUCUUUUU